AUGGGCGAAUAUACUCCCGAUUCGACCCUACCACCCACCCUGGGCAGCAACACCCCUGGUCCGCAUCCUGCCUCUAUAACCCGGCCUAUCCACCACCCCGAAUGGGAUCAGCCGUCUGCCUCAGGGUAUCGCGUCUCGAAGCAUGUCAUCGGCGAGCCGGUGCCUCGUUGCGACCCGUUCAAAGUUCUAAUCAUCGGCGCUGGCGCUUCCGGAAUCGAUUUUCUUCAUCAUGCGAAAACUGCGCUCUCCGGGCUGAACGUCGAAGUCCGCUGUGUCGAUAAAAACUCCGAUGUCGGUGGGACCUGGCUCGAGAAUCGAUACCCAGGAUGUGCGUGUGAUGUCCCCAGCGCUAGUUACCAAUUUCCGUGGCGGCCGAACCCGUAUUGGUCACGGUAUUACAGUGGUGCGCGCGAAAUUUGGGCAUACAUGAAGGCUGUUGCGCUCGAUGAGGGUCUCACGCAAUUCAUGGAGUUUGGGGUGGAGGUCAAAGGGGCAACCUGGGUAGAUGAGACGGCAAGAUGGGUGGUGAAACUCGCGAAAGUGAAUGGGCUGGAGUGGGAGGAGCAAUGUGACGUGCUGUUGAACGCAACAGGGGUGCUCAAUAACUGGAAAUGGCCGGAUAUACCCGGUUUGCACAGCUUUCGGGGGGAUUUAUUUCAUACAGCCCGUUAUCCCGAGGAUUUUGACCUCAAGGGAAAACGAGUCGCGGUGAUUGGAACAGGCAGCUCAGGGGUUCAAACCGUCGCGUCGAUCUAUCCUGAUGUUGACAAGCUCUAUACGUGGGUGCGCAGUCCCACGUGGAUAACGGCAGGGUUUGCACAGAAGUUUGCGGGCAAGAACGGCGCCAAUUUCGACUAUACAGAGCAAGACAGACUGGCCUGGGAGCAAGACCCGGAGAAAUACCGGGAAUACCGCAAGAUGAUCGAGCACGAAUUGAACCAGCGGUUCAAGCUGGUUCUGCGAGACAGCGCCGAGUCCCAGCAGGCCAACGAGUUCUCCUAUCGUGAGAUGACAGCAAAAUUGGCCGAGAACCCCGAUAUAGCAGCCCAUAUAAUCCCCCAAAACUUCAACGUCGCGUGUCGCCGGCCCACCCCAGGAAACGGCUACUUGGAAGCCGUAGUCGGCGAAAAAACCACUGUAUUUAUGGAAGAUGUUGCCGGAAUCACAACAGAGGGCUUUACCGUUCAAUCGGGCGAGGAGUAUGCUUGCGAUGUAAUCCUCUGCGCGACAGGCUUCGAUACCUCGUUCCGUCCUCGGUUCCCUAUGACCGGCAUAAACGGCAAGUCCUUGUCGGAGAUCUGGUCCAAUAUGCCGGAGUCCUAUCUGGGCCUUGCAGCCCCCAGCAUGCCAAACUACUUCAUGUUCACAGGCCCGUUUACCCCCACAGCACAGGGAUCCAUUCUGCCAUUGAUCACCAGUAAAAGCAAACAUAUCCUGCAGAUCAUCCGUAAGAUGUACGUGCAGCAUAUCCGUCGCAUGGUGCCCAAAGACAGUGCCAUUGCAAACUUCAUGGAUCACUGUCAAACAUACUUGCCACGAACGUGUUGGGCAGAUCCUUGCAGCAGUUGGUUUAAACAGGGGCGUGUGGAUGGUCCAAUUGCGAUGUGGCCAGGCUCUCGGUUGGCCUUUCUAGACGUGAUGAGGUCCCCGCAAUGGGAAGAUUACGAGAUUGAAUAUGAAUCCGGUAAUCGAUUUGGCUUCCUUGGGAGUGGAUUCCACGUGAGCGAAUUCGAGACAAUUGGGAACAUCACAGAUUACCUGGAUGGAGAGGUGAUGGAUCCUCCACCGAGGAAGGUGAUGGAGGAUUUAUGCAAGGGAAACUGA